AAAAUGUGUUCAGAAAUGAGGGUUGAAGUGAUCGGCAAGGAAACAAUUACACCAUCAUCUCCUACUCCUCACCACCUUACAACUUCCAACCUCUCUGUUUUUGAUCAGUUAUUACCAGACAUGUAUGUCCCUCUACUUCUCUUCUAUCCCAACAAUAGUACUACUAAUCACAAGGGCAAUACGGUUGAUCACCACUACUCAUUGAUUACCGAAAGAUCCAAGCUUCUGAAAACUUCAUUAUCUGAAGCCCUCAGCUGCUUCUAUCCCUUCGCAGGAAGAAUAUUUAGCCACAACAACAUUCUUUCAAUCUGUUGCAAUGACCAUGGUGCGGCAUUUAUCCAAACCCGUGUUAACUGUCCCAUAUCAAAGGUUUUGGAAAAGCCCCAUGAUGGAAUAGUAAAUCAAUUACUUCCAAAUGGCAUAGAAUCAACAUUUGAAAGCACCGGCUAUCUCCUACUAGUCCAAGCCAACUUCUUUGAAUGUGGUGGACUUGCAAUUGGGGUUAGCAUUUCACAUAAGAUCGCGGACGCCUUCACACUCGGAACAUUCAUCUGUAGUUGGGCAGCAAUGAGCCUUGGCACUGAUGUAGUGGCUUUUCCAACUAUAGAAUUUGGUGUUGCAGCAUCUGUUUACCCACCACAAGAUUUAUUCAUCAAGCCAUUGCAAACUUCUGGGGAAUAUGUUUAUGGACAUUGUGUAAAAAGGAGAUUUGUUUUUGAUGCCUCAAAUAUUCUACGUCUCAAGUCAAAAGCCGCCAGUGCCACCGUUCCAAAUCCAACUCAUGUUGAAGUAGUGUCAGCGCUUAUUUGGAAAUGUGCAAUGGACGCAUCAAGAUCAAACUUGGGUUUUACAAUGCCAGCCAUGCUAUUUCUAACAGCAAACAUGCGGAAAGUAUUGGGGCAUCCCACUUUAAUGGGAAAUCUUUUAGGAUAUGUCUCUGCAGCAAAGGCACAAGAAAGUGAUGCAACUCUUCAAAGCUUGGUUGCUAUAAUACGGGAAGGCAUUGAGAAAUUUAAAGUGAAAUAUGGUAAUGGAGUUAGCGGAGAUGAUAUCUACCAACAUUUCAAAGAGCAUGAAGAUUUAAUGGGUAAGAAUGAUAUAGAUAACUAUACAUGUACCAAUUGGUGCAGGUUUGGCUUCUAUGAAGCCAAUUUUGGAUGGGGAAAGCCAUCGUGGGUCACUAUUCCAGGUUUCCCAAUCAAGAAUCUAUUUUUAUUAAUUGAUACAAAAGAUGGUGAAGGCAUAGAAGCAUUCUUGAGUUUAAAAGAAGACGACAUGGCUAUAAUUGAAACCAAUAAGGAGUUGCUUGCGUAUGGAUCUCUCAAUCCUAUUGUUAUUUGAUAUGUAACCCCCCGACCCUAAGAAAAAACAAAUAAAGCCUCCUCUUGUGUGUUGAUGAAAGCAUAGUGGAGUUUCUUGUGCCAAGAAACA